ACUUUAGUUCGUCUUAAAAGAGAGAUCAAGAGAGUUGUCAUGUCAUCAGGUGGUCAACAAUUUCCUCCACAAAAGCAACAGCAACAACCAGGGAAAGAGCAUGUCAUGGAUCCUAUUCCUCAAGCAGCUCACGAUGACUACAAACCUGCUAACAAACUUCGUGGGAAGGUUGCCCUAGUUACAGGUGGAGAUUCAGGAAUAGGAAGAGCUGUUUGUUAUUGUUUCGCUCUUGAAGGUGCAACAGUGGCUUUCACAUAUGUGAAAGGUCAAGAGGACAAAGAUGCAAAGGACACGCUUCAAAUGAUAACAGAGGCCAAAACUCAAGAUUCAAAAGACCCCAUAGCAAUACCAAUGGACUUGGGAUAUGAUGAGAACUGCAGACGCGUGGUUGAGGAAGUUGUGAAUGCCUACGGACAAAUCGACAUUCUUGUGAACAACUGCGCCGAGCAGUAUGAAAGUACGACAAUCGAGGAGAUCAAUGAGGAGAGACUCGAAAGAGUUUUCAGGACCAACAUUUUCUCUUACUUCUUCAUGACUAGACAUGCUUUGAAGCACAUGAGAGAGGGAAGUAGUAUCAUAAAUACUACUUCCAUAAACGCGUACAAAGGCAAUGCUUCGUUGCUUGAUUACACUUCAACUAAGGGUGCCAUCGUGUCUUUCACCAGAGGACUGUCACUUCAGUUGGUUAGUAAAGGAAUCAGGGUGAAUGGCGUCUCACCUGGUCCAGUCUGGACACCGUUGAUCCCGGCUUCUUUCUCAGAAGAGAAGAUUAAGGAGUUUGGAUCAGAAGUGCCAAUGGGAAGAGCUGCACAACCGCAUGAGAUUGCACCAUCUUAUGUGUUCCUUGCAUCUAACAUCGACUCAUCUUACAUAUCAGGACAAGUACUUCACCCAAAUGGUGGUGCCGUGAUCAAUGGUUGAUAAUUUGCAGUGGGGUUGUUUAAUUAUGGAGCUUAUUAAUAACAAGGUCAUCGCAUAUGGCCAGUGUGUUGUAUAAAUGUACUAGCAGGUCUGUUAUGUUCGUUGGCGGUGCUAUUCCUAUGAUGUACGGAAGUAGCUUUUUUUUCUUUUCUUUUUGGUGUAUCUAGUUAGUUGUACUCUUGGUGUUGUGCUGUAUCUGGUAAA